CAGAGUGUCCCUCUCCAUACUUGGAUAUUAAAUUAAGAACAUGAAAAUUGGAGAUCUUCUGAUCUCACAGUUAUCAUUUUCAUUACUUUAUUCUCGGAAUUUUCUAUAUUUUAAACAAGUAACAUGAUUCUCUUAUAAUCCCUUCUCUUCCUUUUCUUCUAAGUGUCAGCCCGUCUCCACCUACUUUCUUUCUCUCUCUCUAAUUAUAUUUUCUUAAACUCUUCUUUUCUUUCUGUAGCAAUUAAGUUUUAUAGAAGAAAAAUAACAAAUUAAGCAUUUACUCUCUCUGUACCAAUUAAAUUGGAUUGAAGAGAAAAAAGAAAGGAAUAAGAUAAGCAGAUGAAGAUCCAGUGCGACGUGUGUAACAAAGACGAGGCUUCGGUGUUCUGCACCGCCGAUGAGGCAGCUCUUUGUGACAAGUGCGACCACCGUGUCCACCAUGCCAACAAACUUGCCUCUAAGCACCAACGCUUUUCGCUUCUCCAUCCUUCCUCUAAAGAGUUCCCUCUCUGUGACGUCUGUCAGGAGAAGAGAGCCUUCGUGUUUUGUCAACAAGAACGAGCUAUUCUGUGCAGAGAUUGUGAUGUUCCGAUUCAUACAGCCAACGAGUACAGACAGAAGCAUAAUAGGUUUCUUCUCACAGGGGUCAAACUCUCUGCUGCUACUACUCUUUAUACAUCCUCUGGAAACAACGGUUGUGAUUCUGUUCCUGAUGCUAAGUCUCAGAAGUCUUCUAUCAAGAAACAUGUCUCUGUUACUCCACCGAGUUCAAAUCCAUCUUCUAAUUCAAAGAUUUCAAAUACAACAACAACAACUACUAUGAUGAGUAAUAGUGGGAAUAAUUUGAUAGUUAGUGAAGGUGGUGGUUCAACAAGUAGCAUAUCAGAAUACUUGGAGAUGCUCCCUGGCUGGCAUGUUGAAGACUUUCUUGAUUCUUCUUUAGACAACUUUGGUUUCUGUAAGAGUAAUGAUGGUAUGUUGCUCUUUGCGGACGCUGAUUUUGGAUGCAAUUUGAGUUCUUUGUCAUCUGGAAGUAAUGGAAUUUGGGUCCCUCAAACCCCAGCACCUCUCCAUCCUUCUCUCUUUCCUUCACAAAUUGGAGGACAAAUUAGUUUCAAGGAGACAAAGGAGGUUACCACCAUGAAAACCAACAACAGUAGGGGGACAGACGAUGGUUUCACAGUUCCACAGAUCAGUCCUCCCUCGGCUACCUCAAAGAGAUCUAGACCCAAUUUCUGGUAGGAUUAAAUCGUCAAGAUCUCAAAUCAAUCAUGAACAAAGCUCAUGUUCCUAUGUUUUUUUGAUAUGGGUUCCAAUUUCUCUUUGUUUUUUUUUCUUUGAUUGUCAUUUCAUUUACUUUUAGUCUGGUUUAGUUUGUUGCUGUUGUUUUGGCCAGUACUCUCUCUCUCUCCAGGUGGUCCAAAUCCAACUGGGUUUUGUUUCCAUCAUUUUGUUUCAUCUUUUUCUUGUACUUGCAACAAGCAAACGUCUUUGUACAUAUUAAGGAGAUCUGGAAAAACCCUUUCGAUA